AUGAAGUUCGGUACCACUGCAGCGGCCUUGUUGUCGCUGACCCCAGGUCUUACUUGGGCGAAGCCACGGCACAAGCUUGAUUCCAAGCGGUUCCAGUCCGACAUCAAAACCAAGAACCUCAUGGGCAACUUGGAGGCUCUGAACGACAUCGCUUUUGACAACGGAGGAAACCGUGCUUUCGGACUGCCAGGAUACGAGGCAUCGGUUGACUACAUCUGGAAGCGCAUCUCGAAAAUCAAGGGAGCAAAGGUCUGGAAACAGAACUUUCCCGCACUUUUCGCGUUCGUGGAUUCUAUCGAGCUAAAGGUGGACGACGAACCAAUUUACGUCUACGGCUUGACCUAUUCUCCUUCGACCAGCGAGGAGGGAAUCACUGCUGAGAUCGUCCUUGGACCCGAGGGUGUCGCCGGAUGUGACACCUCCUCAUAUGACAACUUGGACGUCAAGGGCAAGAUUGUCCUCGUCCAGCGUUUCCGUUGCCCAACUGGAGGCACUCUGGCCGGUCGGGUGAUCCCUGCUGCCGCCGCUGGUGCGUCUGCGGUAAUCAUUUACCAUGAUCUCACCACCAAUGUCACGGCUGGCUCGCUUAGUGAGCCCAAUCCCAAGAAACAUGUGCCUGCAGGCUUCAUCACCCUUGCCGAUGGCGUCAAGAUCAAGGAACGACUCGAGGCUGGCGAAACUCUCACUGCCCACUUUCAACAGUCACAGACUAUUGAAGAGCGAAUUACACAGAACGUUUUUGCCGAGACACAAGGCGGUGACCCUCGCAAUGUGAUUAUGUUGGGUGCCCAUCUCGACAGCGUCCAAGCAGGCCCUGGCAUCAAUGAUGACGGCUCCGGUACUUCCCUCAUCCUUGAGCUCUUCUUGGCCCUCUCAAAGUACAAGACCAAGAACAAGAUUCGAUUUGCUUGGUGGGGUGCGGAAGAAAACGGCCUUUUAGGCAGCAAAUACUACUGCUCCAACCUUGCAGCGAAGGAGGUCAACAAUUUGCUCGUGUAUCUCAACUACGACAUGGUGGCCAAGGGUUUCUUUGGCGUUGCCGAUACCGACGGAAGUUCUCAUGGAGUCCGAGCUCCGGCUGGUUCUGAAGUCACAGAGAAGCUCUUCGUCGACUACUUCAAGAGCAAUGGCCUCGAAGUUACCCCUGCUUCCCUCACCAAUGGAAGCGAUUAUGCUCCUUUCUGGCAAAUCUUGAACAAGCCAUUUGGCUUCCUCCAUACCGGUACCGCGGUUGAGCAGGACCCGUGCUAUCACCAGGCUUGUGAUACGAUUGAGAACCCCGACCCGAAGACGCUUACCAUCAAUGCCAAGGCUGCUGCCCAUGUCCUUACUGUUCUCGACCAGAAGGGGCCGAAGUUGAUCCCAAAGACCAAGGUGAGCGAGACGUCACUGAGGAGUCUCCAGAAGCGAAGCGUUGGCCCGGAUUUGGGACAGAUUCAUGAGUUGGAGGCUAUGGGCAUCAGGCAUCUGGGAUGUGGUCUUCACGAGGUCUAA